CUGCGGGUUCGUUUUCCUGUCUGCAACGUGGAGCCAAUCAACGGGAGGGGGCGGGGCCAGCGGCUGCGGCACAUGAGUUGUCAAACAGGUUCGUCGUUGACCCGUGAGAGGAUUGGAAACACGUUUAUGGAGGCAGAACUUCGCGCGAAUACCGAACUUCAACCAGAACCUCCGACGCGGAGCUCCGCGGAAAGACUCCAGGAAGUCUAAAUGUUCAGGGUUUGAUAAUCAGCAUCUCUUCAAAACUCUACCAGAAGAUGAUCACACAUUAGGCAUACAGAAGCACAGAAGAGGAAGUGGAUUGGAGCUGAUGAACAAUGCCUGUAGAGAUGCUUCAACACACCGCUCGACAACCAACCAAAGCUGCUGUUGGAGUUCCACCACCCCGUUUGCGGGCUAAGGGGAAAGUGGGCCCGCAGUUCUACCGACAGAGCCCAACGGCACAGAAGCAGAGUGCUGUGGAGAGACUGGAGGCGGACAAGGCGAAGUACGUCAAGAGUCAGGUGGCCCUAUCCAAACAGCAGCCCAUCCGACCCACAGAACUGCCUAAGCCUCAGCUGAUACCCGCCCCUGCUGUACGGACCACCAGAAUCGCCUCCGUUAAAGCAGCUCCGACAAAGGUGGAGGGCAUGCAGCUGGACUUGGAGCAUCUCAGUAACCUCAUCAGUGAUGUCACUGCGACUGCUGAGGCCCCCCGGAAUACGCCGGCUGUUGCACCGCCGGUGAAGGAGAAACCGCUUCCACCUCCACGGCCUGACAGGUCCAGUCCAGCUAGGGUCAGGCUAAAAGUAAAUGGACCUGCCAGAGCGGACGGUGCGGGCGGCGCCGCUGGGUCUCCAGCUGCAGGGGCCAUACGCAGAGUGGAUGUGGUGCCUGAAGCCAGUCCACAGACCUCGCCCUGCAGACCACUCCAGUUCAUGCGGCAGCCGCUAAAGCCCAUGCCCUUACACGCCCAGGUUCUCCUUCGCCCGGCUGCCGCUCGCCUGCGCCUCUUCCCCACCAAACCCUUAGAUUCUUCUCCUCUGAAACCAGUUGCUGUGCCAAAACCGGAUAACUCUCCCCCCUCUUCCAUAGAGCCCCCGGCUUUCCCACCUCCCUCUCCAGCCGUCACCCGUUUGUCCUCCACCAGCUCCAGGAAGCGGCCCUCUUUGACCCGCUCCAAGUCGGACAUGAGCGACCGGUACUCCCGAGCCGGGACCGAGCUGGAGCGCUUCUUCAACCUGUGUGGCGUGGACGCCGAGGACCUGCAGGAGCUGACCGGCUCCAACGCUGACAUCGUGUCCCUGGCUCGUUUUCGGAGCGUGAGCGCUCCAGGGUCCGAAUGUUCCGGCUCCAGACGAGGAGAAGAGGAAGAGCAGGAAGAGGACGAUGAGGGAAAAGCUGCAGAGCGUGUUCCUUAUGGCGUGUCUGUGAUUGAGAGAAACGCACGAGUGAUCAAAUGGCUGUACGGACUGCGCCAGGCCAAAGACAACACGACUAAGAGCACCAAUUUAUAGCCGGAUAACAAAUGUUCCUUAUUUAAUAGAAUAAAGUUCAAGUUUUUAUUCUUCAUUCACUUGGAAUAAACCAAGUGUUAUGGGUUCCAAUGGUUUAGUUGGAGCACUCGGUAAAGUUGUCUUUACUAUAUUCUCCGCUCAGAGUGGGUUCCAUAGUUUGUUUAGGACUUUGUGCCUUUGGAAGCCUCAACAGUGACCAAAUUCAUGUUUGUCUCUUUUUUUGUGUUAUGUAUUUUUUUGUAUAAGUUUGUGGAUGUUGUACCCACACCUUUUGUCAUGAUGAAGUGUCUCUGAUGAUCCGUUGUUCACAUUUUGCUGUACCGGUAUGGCAUUAAAGAUAAAAUGAUGCAGGA